AUGAGUGCUCUUAAUGAAAGACUUAACAAAGAUCGUAUUUUAUACAUACUAAUACAAGUUAAAAAUUGGUCUACAGAUAAUAAAGACGAUGACUACUUAUGCUUUGCAAUAGCAAAGUUGUCACCAGAAUAUAUAAAACUUGAGAAACUUUUGUAUAUGCCAUUUUUGUCAUUGUAUUUGCAAUUAGGUUCAACAGCAAAGUUUUUUAACGUUCCAACAGAGUAUAUUCAAACAUGUCAAGUCAAAUUAUAUAAACGUAAAAUUGAAGAAGUGUUGAAAGAUUAUCAAAUAGGUGAUAAUAUCAAAACGAGAAGUGAAUUUGUCAAGAAGAUUAGAAUCGACGAUAAUAAAAGUAUCUCAGGUGCCAAAGAUACAGCAUUCAGAGAGCAUUUUCAGAGGCCACUUGUAUUAUUUAGGUUGUUUUUGAACAUCUAUAGCUGUUUGGAGCAAUCUAUACCAGUUUCUACAACCUCGCCAUCAACCAUCACUAAUGAUCUUACAAGUAGCUUUAAACAACUGUUGACUGCUUGGAUUGAUUCUACAUCGGGGAACACCUAG